AUGGUUGCAACCGGCGGCAGUGGCCACGCUUUCAAAUACCUUCCAAGCGUCGGAAACUGGGUUGUCGAUAUAAUGGAGGGCGUUGAUAUGGAUCGACCGGCAGUGAAGGCAUGGCGGUGGAGAUUUAGUGGUGAGGAGGAGCCAUUCAACUCUAUCAUGGAAGGCACCGGUGGCUCAAGAGCUCUCCAGAACAUACGUCUUCUUGGAAAAGUUAGCUUGCAAAGCAAUCCAACUGCUAAGCUAUAG